AGGGGAGAAAAGGGGUGACAUCGGCAACAUGGCGGGCGCCGGCGUCCUGGGUGUCGCCGUGGGGCUCCUGGUGGCGGCGCUGCCCCACGUCGGGGCCUUCAACAUCCACCCGGCCCCAUAUCGGAUCCUGACCCACAACGACACCCGCAGCUUCGGGCACCGAGUGCUGCAGCUCAACGGCUCCCGGCUGGUGGUGGGGGCCCCGGCGGAGGCGGGGGAGGGGGGGCGGCUCUUCCAGUGCCGGGUGGAGAGCGGAGAGUGCCGGGAGCUGGAGCUGGAAGGGAACAGCACCCAGACCCACAUGGGGAUGGCCUUGGCCCGGGACGGCGACGUCACCAUCGCCUGUGGCCCCGGUUUCACCCGCGAGUGCGACCGCAACGUCUACUCCAGCGGCAUCUGCCUCCUGCUGGACCCCCAGCUGCGGCCCCGGCGCGUCCUGGCCCCCGGCUACCAAGGCUGCCUCCUGGGCAUGGUGGACCUGGUCUUCCUCUUCGACGGCUCCAGCAGCCUGACGGGGGAGCAGUUCGGCGCCAUCCGGGACUUCAUGGUGGACGUCAUGGAGAAGCUGGGGAACAGCUCCAUCCGC